UCGCAUGUCGAUGACGUUGUCCUUCUUACCCGCGCAUGCGCUGUCUGUGUGGUUCCCUCAGUAAGCCAACAUGGCCGCGCUUGUGGGUUUCCGCGCGUGUCUCUCCGCGCUCCAGCUGUCGUCCCCGAGUCUGCUGCACAGCUCCUACAAACUGUGUGCAGUUCCUCUCAGCCGGAGGAAUUUCGCCGCCGACGCAAAGAAGGUGUUCUCACGAGAUAAACCUCACGUGAACAUCGGUACCAUCGGACACGUGGACCACGGGAAGACCACGCUCACCGCCGCCAUCACCAAAGUGCUGGCUGAGGCUGGUGGAGCGCGAUAUAAGAAAUAUGAGGACAUUGAUAAUGCUCCUGAGGAAAAAGCCAGAGGAAUCACCAUCAACGCUUCACACGUGGAGUACACGACUGCAAACAGGCACUACGCUCACACUGACUGUCCGGGUCACGCUGACUAUGUCAAGAACAUGAUCACGGGCACGGCUCAGCUGGACGGCUGUAUCCUGGUGGUGGCGGCGACGGACGGUCAGAUGCCUCAGACGCGUGAGCAUUUGCUGUUGGCUCGUCAGAUCGGCGUGCAGCACGUGGUGGUGUUCGUAAACAAAGCCGACGCCGUGGACGACCCCGAACUUCUGCAGCUUGUCGAGCUCGAGAUCCGAGAACUGCUGAGCGAGUUCGGCUACGACGGUGACAACACGCCCGUCAUCUGUGGCUCCGCCCUCUGCGCCCUCGAGAACCGGCAGCCUGAGCUGGGAGUGAACUCCAUCAUGCAGCUGUUGGAGGUGGUGGAUGAGUACAUUCCUUUACCCAAGAGAGAUCUUGAUAGACCCUUCCUGCUGCCCAUCGAGGGAGUUUACUCAAUACCAGGACGUGGUACAGUGGUGACGGGCACUCUGGAGAGAGGAGUGAUCAAAAAAGGAGAUGAGUGUGAGUUUGUGGGACACAACCGCUCUGCCAAGUCAGUCGUCACAGGUAUUGAGAUGUUCCACCAGUCUCUGGAUCGUGCUGAAGCAGGUGAUAACCUUGGUGCACUGGUGCGUGGUAUGAAGAGAGAGGACAUGAGACGAGGCGUGGUGAUGUGUAAGCCAGGGUCUGUCCAUCCUCAUCAGAAAGUCAAAGCUCAGGUGUACAUCCUGAGUAAAGAGGAAGGUGGGAGACACAAGCCGUUCGUCACCAACUUCAUGCCUGUCAUGUUCUCUCUCACCUGGGACAUGGCCUGCAGGAUCCAGCUCCCUGAUGACAAGGAGAUGGUGAUGCCGGGUGAGGACACGUCCCUGACGCUGACCCUCAGGCAGCCCAUGGUGCUGGAGAAAGGACAGAGGUUCACGCUGAGAGACGGGAACAAGACCAUCGGCACUGGGCUGGUCACCGACAUCCUGCCCACUACAGCUGAGGACCAGUACAACUGGGGCUGAGACUGAGGGGGGUGGGGAGGGGGGUGGGGCAGGACGUCAUCCAAACAUUAGUAUAAAUAUCCAGUGUUUAACGUUUCCUGCUCUCACACACACACACACACACACACUGUUCCAGUACGACGUCCUCAUCCGCUUUAAAGUGAAGGCACAGUGAGUGAAUUGAAGGCUAUUGAGUUAAAUUAAACACGAUUAGCUUCCCAUGGCACCGCUAGUGCUAGCAGAGUCUUUAACAUGCAGGCAGAGCGUCCGUCACCCCGGAGCAGCGUCCAGCUGUGAAUCCAGCAGAACACCGACAUCCUGGACAAACACUGAGUUGUGUGUGAUCUUCUCUAAUGCUAGCUUAGCAUCCAGGCUAAUACAGUGAUGGUGUGUGUGCGAGUGAGAGCUGGAAACGUAGUAAACUGAUCUGGAACCCUCUGAUUUCAUCUGAUCUGAAUUAAACAGACAUUAUUUUCAGUGUAAGAGGAUGAAGGAACUGUAUCUCACACACACACACACACACACACACAUGUUGUUUUGAGGUUCCCUACUGUCUGUUUUUUGGUUAUGAAAUGUCUUAAGUGGUAAUAAAUGUAUUUAAUACA